UGUUUUCGUCAGUCAAGUCCUCCUAGGCAAAUGGAGCCUGCAGCACUUAUCGUCUCCGGGUCCUGGCAUCUCCCCAUCCACUACGCCGGCCUUGCCAAUUCCCUCCAUAAAGCCGGGUUUCGGGACGUUCGCAACCCGAAACUCCCCACAGCAGUCGAAAAACUUCCCGUCCCAGCCGAGGCAAUCAUCGAAGGCGACACGAAAGUCAUCAGAGCUGAACUCGCAAGCUUAGCAGACGCUGCUCAUUCAAUCACGAUUUUCUGUCAUUCCUAUGGAGGUGUGCUUGCUUCAAACUCCGUGGACGGCUUCCUUUGGGCGCAGCGAAAAGCAGCCGGUAAGCCAGGCGGAGUUGUUCACAUCGUUUACAUGGCGGCCUUCAUAAUUCCUGUUGGAACGGCGCUCGGCGACUCGUUCGGAGGAAAGAUACCGGAAUGGUUACGAGUGGAUGAAAAGGAUGGGACUCUGCACAUCAGCGAUCAUCGAAUGUCCUUUUAUAAUGACCUUGAUGACGCCGAGGCACAAAAGUGGGCGGGAAAAUGCGUUCAUUGCUCUUUGCACUGCUUUCAAGAUAAGUUGACCAGUGCACCGUAUGAGUAUAUCGGGAAAGGGCUGGACGCAACGUACCUCGUUUGCAAACAGGACUACCGACUCAUAGAGCCUAUUCAAGAGGCUAUGGCAACCUUGCUUGGGGAAGAUAGGAAGAUGGAGUAUAUCGAUGUUGGACACUGCGCCAUGGUUGGUGCUCCAGAAGAAGUGGCAAGUGUGGUGUGGAGAGCUUGGGAGUCCAGCAAAUCUCGUUUGGAAGGGUCGAGUGCAUAGAAGCUCCUCUCUCCUCCCCAUUCUUUUUGCAGUAAUGCCACCAAUACAUACAUCUCUCCCACUGAUCGUGC